GCGGAACAGCGGCGGCGGCUGAAUGUGUCCUGGGACGCUAUUGGCUGAGAGCGGGUUCCCAUCCCUGCCCGGAUCAAUUCCUGUGCUGCUGUGAGGAGGAGGGAGAUGGAGCCUCCUAGACUUUUGUACCUCUUACUACUUUGUGCUGGAGAGAUCCUCACCAAACCCACGUUCCGCAAGGAGAGGAUCCGCCUGGACCCUGAACUCAACGCACAGAUCCAUGAAGAGAACCAGAGCUUCCAGAUGGAUCACGAGGCCUUCCUGGGGAAAGAUGAGGCAAAGUCUUUCGACCAACUCACUACGGAGGAAAGCAAAGAAAGACUGGGCAAAAUAGUGGACAGGAUAGACAGUGACAGCAAUGGACUAAUUAGCACCGAGGAGCUGACGGCGUGGAUUAAGCGGGUCCAGAAAAGAUACGUCUAUGAAAAUGUGGCCCGAGUUUGGAAGGACUAUGACGUCAAUAAGGACAACCAUAUAUCAUGGGAAGAGUACAAGCAAGCCACGUAUGGAUAUUACCUGGCAAACCCAGAAGAGUUCCAAGACGCCGCCGAGCAGUUUAGCUUCAAGAAAAUGCUUCCCCGUGAUGAAAGGAGGUUUAAACAAGCCGACCUCAAUGGGGAUCUCGAAGCGAAUCGAGAAGAAUUCACUGCUUUCCUUCAUCCCGAAGAGUUUGAGCACAUGAAGGACAUCGUUAUAUUGGAGACCCUUGAAGACAUUGACAAGAACGGAGAUGGGUUUGUCGAUGAAGAUGAAUAUAUCGCGGACAUGUUUUCACAUGAAGAAGGUACUCCAGAACCUGACUGGGUAGCCACCGAAAGGGAACAGUUUUCCGAUUUACGUGACCUUAACAAGGACGGAAAAAUGGACAAAGAUGAAAUCCGACACUGGAUUCUCCCUCAAGAUUAUGACCAUGCUCAGGCUGAAGCCAGGCAUCUGAUGUACGAGUCUGAUGGGGACAAGGAUAAAAUGUUGACCAAAGACGAGAUCUUACAGAAUUGGAAUAUGUUUGUGGGUAGCCAGGCCACAAACUAUGGAGAAGAUCUUACCAGAAACCACGAUGAGUUGUAAUGAGAUGAAAAGAACUGUGAUUUAUUUUUUUAUUUUUUUCUUCUCGUUCACUUUACUUACUAUACCAUAGUAUUUGCACCAUCACAAAC